AUUCCUCUGUCGCUCCAUGAAAGUGUAGCGCUCCGUUGGCUCUCCGGGGAUUAUUUUCCCGGCAUAUGCGUACAUUUCCCUGCAUCUGCACAGGAGCUGCACCCUCCUGGAGGCGGUGGAUAGAGACCCCAGGAACUCCAGGGUUCCAGGUGGACAGGUUUACCUGCCCUCCUGUGAGCGGUCGGCAGGUGGUCGGGGUCGGAGGUCGGGGGUCUGGAGACCAUGAGGCAGGCGGUGGAGGCUCAGAUGGUGAACCCCAAGUUUGAGCUGGGAGAGCAAGGCCUGCGUCAGGUCCUGUCGGAUGUGAUCGAUGAGGUGAGGCGCUCCAUCAGCCAGGACAUCGACGGAGCCGAGGUCCUCCACAGUCUCCUGAACGCCCCCUGGCUGCAGUCGCUGCUCAAGGUGUACGAGUGUCUUCAAAGAUUCCUGCGUGACGCUCCCACUCCAGCUCUGGAUUACGCUUCCGGACUCUCGCUUCAGUUGCAGAUGGACAUCAGAUCGUCCCCGCGCUGCUCUGAAGACGCCAGAGAGCUGUACCAGCUGCUCCGGCAGCCGGACCUGCAGGCUCUUCUCUCAGCUCACGACACGGUGGCCCAGAAGGACUACGAGCCCGUCCUGCCCCCGAUGCCGGACGAGCUGCCGGAGGACGAGGAGGCCACGCGGAUCGUGUGCCUGGUGAAGAACAAGCAGCCUCUGGGAGCGACUAUAAAGAGAAACGACGUGACGGGGGAGAUCUUUGUGGCCCGGGUGAUCCACGGAGGCCUGGCCGAUAGAAGCGGUCUGCUCCACGCAGGCGACCGGAUCAUCGAGGUGAACGGGUUCCCUGUGGACGGCUUGGAGCCUGAACAAGUGAUCCAAGUGGUGCAAGCUCGGUCACACGGGACCAUCAUGUUUAAAGUCAUUCCCAUCACCGAGAGGCCGGUCCACAACCAGUUGAUGCUGUACGUGCGGGCCAUGACGGACUACAGCCCCCAGCAGGACCCCACCAUCCCCUGCGCCGACGCCGGGAUGAGCUUCAGGAAGGGGGAGGUCCUGGAGAUCGUGGACCAGACUGACGCCCUCUGGUGGCAGGCCAAGAAACUUCCCAGCAGCACAGCCUGCGCAGGACUCAUCCCGUCCACCAACCUGCUCAAGAGGAAGCAGAAGGAGUCCUGGUGGUCUCAGCCUUACCAACCGCAUGCCUGCAUACAGACCCUGAGCACCGUAGACGAAGAAGACGACAUGAUGGCCAUCGAUGAGAGGUGUGUUGAAGCAGACGAAGAGGCGUUUGAAUCCGAGGAGUUCAGAGAAGACGAGGGUGACUUCAGCAGCAACAUUGAGGGAGUGUAUUUGGCGGGCUUCCGGCGCAGCAUGCGUCUGUGCCGGCGGCACUGUCACAGCACCACCCAGCCGUCCUGCCACACCCGCUGCCCCAGCAGCUGCAACAGCGCCCUCAACAGCCCCUACGAGGAGGUGGUGCGCUACCAGCGCCUCCCGGAGGACACGCACCGCCUCAUCGCUCUCCUAGGUCCGUGUGGAGUUGGUGUGAAUGAACUUCGGAGGCGCCUGAUCGAAAUGAACCCCAACAUCUUCCAGGGAACUGUACCUCACACGACCAGAGCGCCCAGAGGAUACGAGGAAUCCGGGCGGGAAUAUCACUUCACCAGUCGAGAAGUCUUCGACAACAUGGUUUAUAACAACAGGUUCCUGGAGUACGCCGAGUAUAAAGGGAAUCUGUACGGCACCAGCAUCGAGUGUGCGCGGCAAGUGUUAAAUGGCAGGAAGAUCUGCGUCAUCGACAUUGAGCCAAACGCCAUUCAUGCAGUGAGGUCGCACGAGCUGAGGGGCUACAUCAUCUACGUGAAGCCUCCGCCUCUGGAGCGGCUCAGAGAGACCAGACGGGACUCGUACAUCACCACCAACUACUACGUCAACCGACCGUUCAAAGAGGAAGACUUCCAGGAGAUGGAGGAAGCGGCCAGGAAGAUUGAAUCCCAGUACUGGCAGUACUUUGAUCACGUGAUCGUCAACGACGAGCUGCAGGACUCCUGCGUCCAGCUGCUGACGGCUGUGACGCGGGCCCAGGACGAGCCUCAGUGGGUCCCGGCCAGCUGGAUACGACCCACUGCCGGAUCAUGAGAGGGCAGCCCAGCAGACAACACCAGGACAUGGCAGCAAAUGUGGAAGAUUUUUGAUGUUUUGACAUAAAUCGUGACAUGCAAGAUCAGUGAUUGAGUCUUUGAGGGGGAGGAGGGCAAGAGGAAAAAAUGUAAAUACUUGGAUCUGUUUGUUGAAAGCUUGAUCUUAUCCUUAAGUCGCUUCAAAUCACCCAAGAUCACACGAAGCUGGACACAAACCCAAAGAAAUCUCUGAAAUUGUCUCAGACUGUCACAGUUUUUACAUUUUUUUUUGUUUUUUGCUGCUUUUGGAGCGACAAGAUGUUUAAUUUAGAGCAACAUAGUUUUCUUCUGUGAAUGCAACUUAAAUUUGCAGUAAUUUCACACUUUUUUUUCUUCUUCUGCAAUUGAUGUUUACAAAGUAGGGGAAAAGCUGUGUGUGGAAAGCUCUUGUAGGAUUUGUUCUUAUUGGAUUAAAAGACCGUUUUCACAAUAAGAUGCUUCAAAUGUGUGACCGAAGCAA